AUGGGCAGCGGAGGCUCCAAGCCGGAGCAACACAUCUUCAAUGCUGAUGCGCCCGUGAGAUUUAGCCAGUCCGUGCUAGACUCAUUACAACGCAACCCUGAGACCGACUCGACGCGUGCGCAGAACCUGGAGCUCAAAGUGCAAGCCCGUGUCAACGAGGAAUUGACCCGCCUAAGGAACGCUCAAGCCAAGCAGCUCUCCCAGCUCACGGACUCCCUGACUGUCUCUCCGCCUCCCGAGAAGCCCGCUCGCGAGUCUUCCGAGCCUUCGCGGCCCGUGGACAGCCUGGUUGGACAUCUGAGCAGUCCUUUCUACCACGACUUCACCCCUGCGGCACCGACACCGGAUGCACCACAGCCAGAAUCAAACAACACGUCAGAUUCCGUGAAAAUGGAGAUUGCAGAACUCAAGAAGAAGCUCGAGGGCAGAAAGAAGGUUGAGAAGGUGAGCCGGGAGGUCGAGCAAGCCAAGGAUCGGGUGGUGCGGUGUUUAAGGGAGAAGGAAAGACGACCGCUAGACUGCUGGCAAGAAGUGGAAGAAUUCAAAAGGGAGGUUGGCAGGCUAGAAGCUGCCUUUGUACAACGAGUCGGGCGGUGA